AUGCCUGUAUCGUCACCGCCUAGCUCAGCGACCGCGCCUCCAACGAUAGAGCCAUCGAUUGACGCGCGACUCGAGCUCGAGCAAACCCUCCAAGACCUCAAGAAGCACGCGGCGAACUACGUCAACCUCUCGCGAUUGCACCUCGCGCUCCUGGGCCUCAGCCAGCCCGCAGGCGAGGAAUCCAUCCGCGUCGCCGUGCUCGGGGUCGCCAACGGCAACCGCUCGGGAAAUACUGCCAAAUCGGUCCUGGAGCUGUUGCUCGUGGAUCCGUUGAAGGAAAAAGAAGAGUGGGAGAGGCAAUUGGCACAGCGCCGGCCGGGCUUACCCGUCAUCGUCAAGGUUGGACGGAGGGAUGUGCCUGGUACUGGGGUGAUUGAGCGGAAGGGCAUGUUUGAAGAGGUGCACGUCUCUUCACCCGUUUACGAUGGGUAUAAUCUGGAGCUUCUGUUGAUGGAUGUGAAUGCGCCGUCAGCGGAGGAGGACGCUUCUAUUGAGGAGCAGCUUCUUAACUUGCCCGUGGAUAUCGCUUCCAACACGGGAAAGUUCAGCCCCAUCAUGACGCCUGUUCACAAGGCGCUGCUUGUGGCAGACGGUAUAACUGGGGUACGAUCCGUGACGUCCAUACCGGCCAACGAUGAGAAUAGUGUGAUUCAUUCAGCGAUCAACAUUCCCAGGUAUAACCCUCCUAAAGACGCCGACCUUCCUUUCCAACCUAUCGACGUCACUCAAGCUCAGGAAGGCGUCGAAUUGUUCCGCAAGGAUCUGAAGCAUGCCAUGGACUACGAACGGCUCUGGUUCCAGAGCAACCUUCCUGCCAUUGCUGACUGGCUGAAGACGGGCAUCGAGCAGCAACCCGGCACGACGAAGCCUGCUGUGCGACAGCUCAUCGCCUCAGUCCUCCAAGAGACGGCCUCUUCAGUUGAAGCUGCCGAGUCGCGCCUCCUCGGAGGCAGACUGCGAUUGGCGACUCAAUCGCCCUCAACCAUCGCACUGCAACGGAGCCUGUCUCAAUGGGCUCAAAGCGCCCACGGCGAACUGCAGGAACAGCUUGAUCUCGCCUUCACCGGCCAGCGCUGGAGGAAGCUAGGCUGGUGGAAACUCUUCUGGCGCGUCGACGACGUGACCAUGCUUACCAAUGACAUGCUCAACCAGCAAUUCCUCCCUACAGCCGAGAAGAACCUCGUCUACCUCUCCGGCCAGGUGCGCGGAGCCAUAGCGGCCGCCGCACCCUCCGCCGUGCUGAUCUACCCCCAACCAACCCCUUCUUCCUCCGCCGUCGUGCCGCUCCGCAGGGAAACCAGGUGGCCGACCCACGUCUCCUUCACCCGCCGAUACCUCCAGGAGGAGACCAUCCCCGCUCUUCAAGCCCUCGCGCAGAAGCUCGUCCUCCAGUGCUACACGACGUGUGGUCUCACCACGUCGCUGGCCGGCCUUCUCUACGUUUCUACUUGGACGUCGAGCAUCUACGAGGCCGGUGCCGUGGCGGCUCUGGGUGCCGUUUGGAGCCUGCGAAGGUUGCAGAAGAAGUGGGGGGCUGCGCGGGACUUUUGGGAGGGGGAGGUGCGUGAGGAGGGGAGGAAGGCCGUGAGGGCGGCUGAAGAGAGUAUGGCUGAGGCCCUAGAGGGUGAGUCCCGUUCAAAGGGCGUCAUAGAGGGAGAGGAAGAGUUUGAGAAGGUGCGGGAGCUUGUGGCGAAGGCUGAGGAUGCGCUUGCUCGGAUGAAGUGA